AGGCGCGCGGCCCCACUGGGGCCCAUGCCCAACGAGGACAUCGAUGUCAGCAACCUGGAGGCGCUGCCCAAGUACCGCAGCUUCACCCGCUACUUCAGGCUGGCCGAGAAGGAGGGCAGGAAGCCUCGGUGGUGGAAGACGUACCAGCAGUACAGGACCCCCAAGACAGAGCCCAAGACUGACAUCAGCCUGCCACGUGAUAAACCGCUGCGGAUGGAGAAACUCAAGGAAAGGAAAAGGGUUCUCAGGCAGAACCACCAGGAUGCUGAGAUGGAGAGAGCAGCACGGCUCCGAACAGAGCUGAUCCCUCUGGAUGAAGUCAGAGCUGAAUGGGAGAAGACCUGCGGCCCGUACCACAAGCAGCGCGUGGCAGAGCACUACGGGAUAUUCCGUGACUUGUUCAAGGGGGCCACGUUCACCCCUGGCGUUAUCCUGAGGGUGGGAUACAACCAGGAAGAUGAGCAUGUUGUGCCAGUCUAUCAUGGGAACAUAGUGACUCCAUCGGAGGCUUCCAAUCCCCCCGAAGUGUUCUAUGAGGCAGAUAAAGGUUCCCUGUGGACUCUGUUACUCACAAAUCCAGACGGACAUUUAAGAGACACCGACUCGGAGUACCUCCACUGGCUGGUGACAAACAUCCCAGGCAAUGACAUCAAGUCAGGAAAGGAGAUUUGCCAUUACCUGCCCCCUUUUCCUGCCAGAGGAACUGGUUACCAUCGCUUCGUCUUCCUCCUCUUCAAGCAAGACUGCCCGAUAGAUUUCAGUGAGGAUGCUCGACCAGUGCCAUGCCACAGUCUCAAGAUGAGAACCUUCAGGACGUUUGACUUCUAUGAGAAGCAUCAGGACCACAUGACUGCGGCAGGGCUGGCAUUUUUCCAGUGUCAGUGGGACUAUUCCGUUACUCAGAUCUUUCAUCAGCUGCUCAAUAUGAAGGAGCCGGUGUUUGAAUUUGUGCGGCCGCCCGUAUACCAUCCUCCGCAGCGAAAGUUCCCUCGUCGGCAGAUCCUGAGGUACCUGGACAGGUACCGGGAUACCGAGGAGCCCUCCUAUGGCAUUUAUUAGGGGCCUGGCCUCUCCUCGCCAUGCCCUGAU